AUGCACUAACCAAAACAGAGUGUUUUCAUUCAGCAAGCAACCAGCAUCGAAACAAGCAUCGUUUUCCGCUUGCUUUAGUAGCAGAAGAAAGAGGGCGCACUAAUGCAUUCGAUCAAAUUUUGACUUUAUUGUCUAUUGUAGAAGACUUAUGCAGGUUUCACACUGUGUCCGAUGUCCGACGUACGACGUCUGAUAUCCAUUAGGAGAACAGCUUUCUAGUAGAGAAUUCAAUUCUCCAUUGGAAAGCUAUUCUCUUAUUGGAUAUCGGAUGCCUAUUUAAUUAUAGUAGAGUAGAUGUCAGUUACGAAUGUUAUUUUUUGCGUAUUUUGUUUUUGUUCACGUAUAGAGGAGACUGAAGUUAUAUGGCCCCAGAGAUAUGUUGCUUAUAUAGUUUUUUGAAUAUUUAUCUUGAGAGGAAUAGUGGAUAUAAAAUCGAAAUGAUCCUUUUAAAACAUAAAUACUUCUCUCUGAGUUUCACUAAAAUCGGAAUAAUAUUACAGUUAAGAGAUGGAAAAAAACUUUAUAAUAUGAGGACCGAGGAUGCAUCGGCUAAAUCCCAUCGUGUUGUGCGCGCUUCUACUGGUGAUCGCCUACGCGGCAGAAAAUCAGAGCAAUUCCACUCAUGAAGACAAGCAGCAAGAUGACACGAUGCACUAUGAGCCUCACGUCAACCUCACUACCAUGUGGGACCACGACGAGAAUUGCACGAGGGACGACGAGGACUCGUGCACGAAGAACCUCGAUGAGAAGGGCAGUCAGAAUGUGCCGGCCGAGCUUCGCGACAAUUUCACAGAGAUCAACGACGGAGACAACUCUACGUCGCAGCUUCGCCCAGGAAGCAAUUCGAACCAAACAAAUUCCAAGAUCUGCAAUGACACAAUCUGUAUACCAAUUUGUUGCGAACUCGGCUAUCGUAUGAUUAGAGGCAUAUGCACGCCCGAUGACAGUGAAUAUGAAUUCCCGGAGGUACACGAGAUGGGCAAGAAAGUGGACGAGGUUUUUCCAUUGUUCGUAUCAGAUCCAUGUACCAGUGAACGCUACGCGCUCGAUCCCUCCUUAUAUCCCGAGGACGAGUACAUAAUUAUGACCAACGGUUCUGUGUACCAAACGCUAUUGGACAGCUUCAUCGAUCCGACAACUUACUGCUUCGGCAUCAAAUAUAACAAGAGCAAAUACGAGCUAACCAUUUGCUUCGAUGCUACAAAUACGACCGUAGUCGAGGAGGACGUAAAUUUCAACGAAAACAUCAUUUUGAUUAGCAUAUUCAUCAGUACCUCAGUGUCCUUGCCGUUCCUGAUAUUGACCUUCCUGGUGUACACCAUACUGCCGGACCUCUGGAACAUCCAUGGUUACACACUUCGCAGUUACGUCGGCUCGUUAUUCGUCGCAUACUUAAUCAUCGGGCCGUUCCAGCUGAUGUCGCUUACCACUUUGUCGGAUGCAGUCUGCAUUGGAUCGGGCAUGGUCUGUUACUUCUCGUUCCUGGCGAGCUUCUUCUGGCUGAACGUGAUAUCCUUCGAUAUUUGGUGGACAUUCCGCCGAUACCGCCCGUUACGGAUAGGAAAUGUGAAGCGACGGGAGAAAAAGAAGUUUAUCAUGUAUUCGAUUUACGCGUGGGGUUGCGCCUCCAUCCUUAUUAUUUUCUGUCUCAUCAUGGAUUUCGUCCCCGGUAUACCUGAAACUUUAAUCAGACCGGAGUUUGGCAAAGUGACAUAUUGGCUCACGACGACCGUGGCAACUCAAUUAUAUUUUUACCUACCCGUGGGUAUCAUUAUUAUCUGCAACUUCUUCCUGUUCAUUUCCACGACGUUGAAGCUCGAACAGCACAAAAACGACACGGCUGAUCUGCUGAGAAACUCGGAAAGCAGUUCUCACAAUGACAAUAAGCAAUGGUUCAUCCUGUAUCUGAAGUUGUUCAUCGUGAUGGGCAUAACCUGGUCCAUGCAGAUAAUAUCGACGGAGUUUAAGGGCAAGCUGCGAGUCGUCUGGUACAUCAGCAACCUGAUACACUCUCUGCAUGGUCUCAUCAUCUUCAUCAUAUUCGUGUGGAAGGACAAGAUCAAGAAGCUACUACUAAAAAGAUUUGGCUGCCGGGAAGACAUAUUCUCCAGAAACUCAACGCGCAGUGGUUGCCACAACAAAAGUACUCCGCGCAUCACAACGCGGGUGACACUUCAUGAGAAGAUCAACCUCUACGUACAGAAUUCGAACUGCCGCGCGAAGAAUUCGUCCGACGAGAAUUCGACCGACUGUUCUAAUGUGUAAUGCGAGGAGAGAAUUCCUUUCGUGCAGAAUCAUCGCAGUCGGUAGCCUACAAUAUAUUUGAUGGUGCCGUAAUUUUACAGUCAAAACUAAAUUUUGUAUUAUUGCACGUUGAUCUCUUUUUCUUUUUCACUUUAUAUAGGGUAUCUGGCGGCACACUAAUAGCACAAUACUCGCCUCUACGUUAAACUGUACAAGGAAAUUUUCUAUUGUUUUGCAGAUUUCAGAACAAUUAGUAAAGAAUUGAUUACAAAAUA